AGCAGAUAAAUAUUUACAAUGACUUACAUCUAUUAGAAGGUACACAAUUAUCAGAAUGUCGAAUCAAGUGGCGCAGUUUGUUGCGGGGCUAAAGUCCCGAAAUGUGGACGUACAAAUCAAGACAGCACGGGAGCUUUAUCACUAUGCAAAAACGGAACUUCGAGAAGUGCCACAGGAAGAACUUACACAGUUUCUCGAUGAAUUCAACCAUCAAAUUUUUGAAAUGGUAUCGAGCAAUGAUGUCCAUGAGAAAAAAGGCGGCGUGCUUGCGAUAGUGUGCCUGAUUGGCGGUGACUGUGAUACCACAAAGACUAGAAUCACUCGCUUUGCCAAUUAUUUACGUAAUUUGCUCCCUUCUUCUGAUGUGGGAGUAAUGGAGUUAGCAGCCAAAACUGUUGGGCGGUUAGCUACAGUGUCUGGUGUGAAGAGAGCCGAGUAUGUUGAAUUUGAAGUUAAAAGAGCCUUUGAAUGGUUAUCUGAAGAAAGAAAUGAAGGGAGGCGUCAUUCAGCAGUUUUACUACUUAAAGAGAUGGCAAUUGCAAUGCCAACUUAUUUCUACCAGCAGGUUUCGGGGUUCUUUGACCAUAUACUAAUAGCGCUGAAAGAUCCAAAGCAGCAAAUAAGAGAAGCCGCUGCGAAAGCUCUGAGGGCAGGCUUAAUGGUUACAGCUCAGAGGGAAUCUGCCAAGCAGUCAACAGCAAAACCUCAGUGGUACAAUCAGUGCUAUGAAGAAGCAAUGACAUCAUUUGAAGACAUACCUAUCAAGGAAAAAGGAAUUACUAGAGAAGAUAGAGUCCACGGAGGUCUAUUAAUUUUGAAUGAACUGUUUAGAUGUUCCAAUGCAACUUGGGAAAAGAAAUACACAACUCUCAUGCAAAGUUUGGAUACACAGAAAGACAACACAGUAUCUGAUGACAUUAUCAUAACUUCUAAAAUACACAGCCCGUCUGUGAAGAGAGGAUACCUUAGUGAUGGAUUUAAAACUGAAAAUGUUCAGUAUCCAGUUCCUAUAUAUGAAUCUGAAGUUUGUCGUAACCUAUUAACUUCAAAGUUUGAAAAGAUUUGUCAAGAUGUGAUGGCUCAAAGACAGCUAAAAACCCAAGGAGUACCACAAGUUUUGCUUAUCAAUAUACCUAGACUGGCAGCAUUUGACAAAGAGCUUUUUUUAAAAAAGUAUGUCAGUGGUACUAUGAGCUACUUACUCUCAUGCAUUCGCAGCAGGGAAAAAGACAGAAACAUGGCCUUCAUCACACUUGGCCUACUAGCAGCAGCUAUUGAAAAUGAUAUUAAAAUCUACAUCCCAAGAACAAUGGAUGUAAUCAAACAAGCAUUGCCUGUGAGGGACUCUCAGAGCAAGAAAAGAAUGUGGGUUGAUCCAUCUAUCUUUGCCUGCAUCACUUUACUGAGCAGUGCUGUUAAAGAUCUUGUCAUUGGUGAUAUAAGAGAACUACUUGAUGCAAUGUUUGCUACUGGUCUUAGUCCAUCCCUAACAAUUUGCCUUAAAGAACUAAGUAACAAUUUGCCCACACUUAGAUCAGAAAUCUCAGAAGGCUUAUUAAACAUGCUCUCUUUGGUUUUAAGAAAUAAACCCUUCCUCCAUCCUGGUGUUCCAAGGAGUGUGGAACAGCAAAUGAGCAAUAUGAAUUUAGUUUUUGAACCUCAAGAUACAGCUAGCAUUGUGCUUGCUUUAAGAACCCUUGGUACAUUUCACUUUGAGGGAGAACACAGCUUACUCACAUUUGUUAGACGUUGUGCAGAACAUUUUUUGCAAAGUGAAUACCAGGAAGUAAGGCUGGAAUCUGUCAAAACUACUGCCAAACUACUAUCUGAUGCUAUGAUUAGAACGAGAAAUACUCCAUCCAGAACUCUAACAAUGCUCACUGCUGAAGUGGUUGGCAAGUUUUUAGUAGUGGCUGUCACUGACCCUGAUUAUGAAGUCCGAUACUGGGUACUAGAAUCAUUACAUGAGAUAUUUGAUAUCCACUUGGCACAAAUUGAAAAUCUCAGCUUCCUUUUCAUUGCAAUGAAUGAUGAACAUCUCGAAAUUCGGGAACUGGCUAUUUGUACUGUGGGCAGACUAAGCACCGUGAAUCCUGCAUACGUCAUGCCUGGUCUUCGGAAAACGCUUAUACAAUUCCUGACCGAAUUAGAACACUCAGGCAUGAGUAGAAACAAAGAGCAGGCAGCGCGAAUGCUUGACAAUCUUAUUUUACGUGCCCCAAAGCUUGUAAAGCCUUAUACAGAGACAGUACUCAAUAUACUGGUUCCAAAACUAAAAGAACCUGAUUCAAAUCCGGGUGUUAUAAUCAGUGUAUUGAAGGCAAUUGGUGAUCUAGCUGAUGUACAUUGCGACAACACAGGCCUUAAAAAAUGUUUACCUGAACUUCUGUCUAUUCUCUUAGACUUACUCUCAGAUGCUAUUGCCACUGAGAAAAGAAGCAUCGGUUUGUGGACUUUUGGUCAAUUGAUUAGUGCAACAGGAUAUGUUGUUACUCCUUACACAGAGUACCCCAGUCUCAUGGAUGUUCUACUAAAUUUUUUGAAAACUGAGCAACAGCCCAAAGACAGAAGAGAAACUAUACGCGUUUUAGGAUUGCUAGGCGCAUUAGAUCCUUACAAACUCAAAAUGACUAAAAGUUUGGUACCAGCUGCAGACAGCAAAUCUGAGGAGAACAACUUUGAUAUGACCACAAGUGAAAUGCUAGUGAACAUGUCAUCGCCUGUACUUGAUGAAUAUUACCCGGCGAUUGUGAUCUCGACACUCAUGCGGAUAUUGCGAGAUCCAACAUUGCAGCAACAUCACACUAGUGUUGUUCAGGCAGUGACUUUCAUAUUUCAAUCCCUUGGCAUUAAGUGUGUUCCAUACAUUUCACGCGUAACACCAAGUUUACUGUACGUUGCGCGAGCGACAGACAACAACGAUUUUCGAAAAUUUCUUUUCACUCAAUUGGCUAAAUUGAUAGCCAUUGUCAAACAGCACAUUCGAAAUUACCUUGACAAAAUAUUCGACCUCAUCAAAGAGUUUUGGACACCAAACAGUCCAUUACAGCCCACUUUAAUAUUGCUUGUCGAGCACAUCGCAACAGCCCUGGGUUCUGAAUUUAAAGUGUAUUUACCUCAAUUAAUGCCACAAAUUUUACGUGUACUGGCACAUGACACAAGUAAAGACAGAUUUGUCACUGAGAAGCUCCUAUUUGCAUUACAAAAAUUCGAAGACAACUUGGAUGACUAUAUGCAUUUGGUUAUACCUUCAAUCGUCAAAUUAUUUGAUGCGACUGAUUGUCCCGUCAAUGUUGCAAAGGUUGCAAUGGAAACUGUCGAUUACCUAUCGGAUUCGUUGAACUACAACGAACUAGUAUCGCGCAUCAUACAUCCACUUGUGAGGAGCCUGGACAGUUGCUCGUCUUUACGUACUACGGCAAUGGACACAUUGUGUGCUUUGAUCGUCCAACUUGGGCGUAAAUACAACGACUUCAUACCCCUUGUACAAAAAGUCAUAAUAAAACAUCGAAUUCAGCAUUCAAAUUAUGAAUUGUUGCUAUCGAAAUUGCAGUCUAGUACUACACUAGGGGUGGACGACUUGCAAAGCACUAGGCAAAAGCCUAGAAAUAGCAACCAAGAGGGCCGGUUUGUAACUACUGACACGUCGCAAUCAAUCCGCAAGUUGUAUGUAAAUGCACAUAACUUGAAAUUAGCUUGGACGGUUAGCAGCCGCGUCUCGAAAGAUGACUGGUUUGAAUGGCUUAGAAGAUUCAGCAUUGGAUUGCUUACUGAAUCUCAUAGUCCUGCUCUUAGGGCGUGUCUAGCUCUUGCACACAACUAUUCCCAACUGCUACGAGAUCUAUUCAAUGCGGCGUUCGUGUCUUGUUGGACCGAACUUGAUAUGACAUCACGCACUGAACUCUCAAAUGCUUUAGAACAAGCACUUACUGCGCCAGAUGCUCCAGAGUUGGCACACACUGUUCUAAAUCUUGCUGAAUUUAUGGAACAUUGUGAAGGGGGCGCUUUGCCAAUAUCCACGCAUUUGCUGGGGGAAAGAGCUAUGAAUUGUAGAGCGUACGCCAAAGCACUGCAUUAUAAGGAGGAGGAAUUUCGCAGUGGUGCAACUUCACAAGUUGUAGAAGCCUUAAUUCAUAUAAAUAACAAACUGCAACAAAAAGAAGCAGCGGAAGGUCUACUCGAAAGAGUGAUGGCUCAGCGUGAAGCCGGUGACCUCAGUUUGAAAGUUCAGAUCAGAUGGUAUGAAAAACUCCAUAAUUGGGAGAAAGCUCUCAACCUGUAUGAAGAAAAACUAGUUGCAGAACCGGAAAACACGGAAGCCAGUCUUGGCGAAUUACGUUGUUUUGAGGCUCUAGGUGAAUGGGUCAAGCUGUACAAAACAGUAUCGACACGGUGGUCAAAGAUGACUGACGAUGAAAAGUACAAAGCUGCAAGACUUGCCGCCGCAGCCGCAUGGGGCUUAAAUGAAUGGGACUCAAUGGCCAACUACGUGAGUUUCUUGCCCGAAAAUACUCAAGACGGGGCCUUUUACCGAGCUGUGCUUAAUAUUCACAAUGGUGAUUUCGGACUGUCGAAGAUGUAUAUCGAUCAAGCACGAACCUUAUUGGAUUCUGAACUUACUGCUGUAGCUGGUGAAAGUUAUCAGAGAGCUUACGGAGCGCUAGUCAAUGCCCAAUUACUUGCAGAGUUAGAAGAAGUGAUAACUUAUAAAAUAGCAUCAGAGAGAAGAGAUUCAAUUCGACAAGCCUGGUGGACAAGACUGCAAGGCGGCCAAAGAUUGGUUGAAGAUUGGCGCAAAAUUCUUCAAGUACGCAGUUUAGUUCUGACACCGCAGGAAGACAUGGCCACUUGGCUCAAAUUUGCUUCUCUUUGCAGAAAGAGUGGUGCACCGCGCCAAGCACACAGGACUUUAGUAAUGUUAUUAGGAACAGACCCUAGUCAAAACCAAGAACUGCCUUUACCUACUCAUGAACCAAGGUUGACUCUCGCUUAUGCUAAACAUUUGUGGGUAGCUGGAGAUAAACAAUUGGCCUUUAGUCAAUUACAGCGCUACGUCGAUAGUGCUGGAACAGGUGACUCGGAGCAUUGCAGACUGUUAGCACGUUGUCAUUUAAAAUUGGGCUCCUGGUGUGAAUCUUUACUUGGAAUUGGUGAAGACUCUGUUCACGAAAUUUUAAGGAACUAUUUUUCGGCCACUGAACUUGCUUCUGAUUGGUACAAAGCAUGGCAUGCUUGGGCCUACAUGAACUUUGAAACCGUCUUGUUCUAUAAACACCAGGAAACUCGUUUAGAUGGAUCUCAAGUUAGUGAAAAGAAGUCUCCGCUUGAGUAUAUCCAACAAUAUACUGUACCUGCUGUAGACGGAUUCUUCAAAUCCAUAAAUCUAUCUCAUGGAAGUUCUCUUCAAGAUACUUUGAGAUUGCUGACUUUGUGGUUCGACUAUGGCCAUCACCCAGCUGUACAUGAGGCACUUGUAGAAGGAAUAAGAACAAUAGAAAUCAACGUAUGGCUCCAAGUAAUACCCCAGCUCAUUGCCAGAAUCGAUACACCAAGGGCUUUAGUGGGAAAAUUGAUUCACUCACUAUUGAUCGACAUUGGAAAGUCACAUCCUCAAGCCUUGGUCUAUCCUUUGACUGUGGCUUCUAAAUCGUCUUUUGUGGCUCGAAAGAACGCUGCAAAUCAAAUUUUGAAAUCGAUGUGUACCCACUCAAGCAACUUGGUCAAUCAGGCAGCUAUGAUAUCGGAGGAGCUAAUUAGGGUGGCAAUUUUAUGGCAUGAGCAAUGGCACGAGGCUUUGGAAGAAGCUUCUAGGUUGUAUUUCAGCGAGCAUGAUGUAAAGGCGAUGUUCAAAACAUUGGAGCCACUCCACGCGAUGCUGGAGCGAGGUCCGCAAACGCUCAAGGAGGUGUCAUUCAGUCAAGCUUAUGCUAGAGAUUUAAAUGAAGCGCAAGAAUGGUGUAAUCGUUUCAAGGAAUCCGGGCUAGUGCGAGAUCUGAACCAAGCGUGGGACCUGUACUACCACGUGUUCCGGCGCAUCAGUCGUCAAUUGCCGCAACUCACGUCCUUGGAGUUACAGUAUGUGAGUCCGCGGCUGCUGAACUGCCGCGACUUGGAACUAGCGGUGCCGGGCUCCUACGUCCCUGAUCAGGAGCUUAUCCGCAUCGCGCAUAUACAAAGCAGCCUUUCGGUAAUAACAUCGAAACAGAGACCGCGUCGCCUCUGCAUAAGGGGUUCUAAUGGAAAAGACUACUUGUUCCUACUAAAAGGUCACGAAGACUUGAGGCAAGACGAGCGUGUGAUGCAACUAUUUGGUCUAGUCAAUACGUUACUACAGGCAGAUCCCGAUACCUUUCGUCGCGAUCUAGCUAUACAAAGAUACGCUGUUAUUCCACUGUCGACGAAUUCCGGUCUCAUCGGUUGGGUACCCCAUUGUGAUACCCUUCACUCGCUCAUAAGAGACUAUAGAGAGAAGAGGAAGUGCCUACUUAAUAUAGAACAUAGGAUCAUGCAGAGAAUGGCUUCUGAUUUAGAGAAAUUAAUGUUAAUGCAAAAGGUGGAAGUAUUCGAACAUGCCUUAGAACAUACUGCAGGAGAUGACUUAGCCAAACUCCUCUGGUUGAAGAGCCCAUCAUCAGAAGUAUGGUUCGAACGUCGCACCAACUACACGCGGUCUUUGGCCGUCAUGUCUAUGGUGGGAUAUAUCCUCGGACUCGGCGAUAGGCAUCCAUCUAACACUAUGUUGGACAGAGUAACUGGGAAAUUUUUACAUAUCGAUUUUGGAGAUUGUUUUGAAGUUGCUGUAACUAGAGAUAAGUUCCCAGAGAAGAUUCCGUUCAGAUUGACUAGGAUGUUGAUUAAUGCUAUGGAGGUAACAGGCAUCGAAGGGACCUAUCGCCGAACAUGUGAAUCUGUAAUGGAGGUGCUGCAUCGUCACAAAGACAGCGUGAUGGCCGUACUUGAAGCAUUUGUGUACGAUCCUUUACUCAACUGGAGGCUUAUAGACGCCGGACGGCGGUCCCGAGGCGACGCCGAGGUCGCUUCUUCUUCUGACCCUGCAUCGUCCCCCCAACCAAGUCGAAGUAAAGCCCAUAUAGGCCUCAACGAAACCUUGGAUCAACCCUCGGAAACUAAUUUAAACAAACGCGCGUUAGCGAUCGUAAAUAGAGUCAGAGACAAGCUGACGGGUCGUGACUUCCAACACAUUGACGAAGUAGUGUCUGUACAGAAACAAGUAGACUUGUUGAUUCAGCAGGCUACGAGUAAUGAGAACCUAUGCCAAUGUUAUGUUGGGUGGUGUCCGUUCUGGUAAAUAGUCCAGCAGGUAAAACAUGUACUAUCCAGCACAGUGUUGCCAUAAUGGUCAAGUGCUUUUUGUAUAUACCUGCUGGAAGGCAGGUGUCUUUUCACAAGUUGGAAGGACAUAUUGGCGUCCAUUUUGUUACAUUUACUAAAAGUAAACGUUGUUUCGUAAUUUGUCGGGGUUAAAUAUAUAAUGUUGCCCUUUCUACUUAUCUUUAUUCUUUAAAGUGUAGUACUAAGUCAAAACUAUUAUUUAGCAAUGGCAAUCGAAUUCGUCUCUGCCAAACGCAUGCCAGAAGGGACAUCAGUGUCUUGUGAUUUUAUAAUUGUAGUGACGUCUUGACUUGUUAUCAGAGAAAUAUAAUGUAAAAAGUUAGAACAAUAUUACUGUCUAGUGUUGCAAAUUUAUUUACUUUAUAUGAAUCAAAAUAAGGUUGAUUGAUUGACUAAAGUAGGUAAGGCCCAUUAAAAUCAAAGUGGAGAGGAGACAACAUAUAAAUAUAUAUAUAUAUGUAUAUAACCAAACACGUAAUAUAUUCUGGGGGGCUACCCUCGAUCUCCGUCCGACAUCCGUCCCGAAACAGUUACUGUCAAUAUAUAAGUAAUAUUCGACAAAAUUAAAAGACAAGUAUCCAGUAUGAAGCUUCAUUCGCAUCACGCGUCUUUUCAUUUGGUCAAGCAUUGCUUAUUUGGCAAUAAUUGUUUCGGACGGAGAUCGAGAGUAGACCCCCUGUUGGCAGUAACUAAAUCCUAUGGGUUGGUUAAAUAAACUCUCCUAUCUGCUUUGGAAGAUAAUGAGCCUUAAGUAUUGCCACAAUAAAGGAAGUGUUGACGGUAUUGGUAAUUUUUUCUGUCCACCUUGAUGACGAUAGAGACCUUAUGGCCUCCGAGGUAUCUGUAUUUGUUAAGGUGUAUGGCUGACCCUAAGAGCGAUUACACGCGGCGAUGUUUAGCAGCGCGAUUGCAGCGAUUCAGUCGCUAAUCGUCUACCUUUACACACACGCGCGACUUACGCAGCGAUACAAUCCUGAUACACGUUUUUAUUGAUUCAUCAUAAGCGACAGCAUCGAUGCAGUCGCGCGUUUGCGUCGCUGCUAAGCCUCAAUUUAUAUUGCGGCGGAACGGAAUGGAAGCGAAUUUUCGUAACUAACUGUAACUAUAUUGUACAUAGCGUAAUUAACUUUAUGGUCGCAUUUUGAUGUCAAAAGUCGACGAAAGACUACAGCCACAAGGCGCAGUCGCCAGAACAUUCCAGCGACUGUGAGCGCCUUCUCGCGCACCGACGCGAAGUUGACACUUCCGUUCUAUUCCGUUCAGCCGCAAUGUAAAUUGAGUCUAAAAGUUGACGUGAGUAAUCGCUCUAAAAGUAAUUGUAAAGCUAAUUGAAGUGGACUUAACGGAAUUUUAGUCAUUUAUAUAGGUAAUGUAUUAUAGGAUAAAAUAAUCCAUUGAUGGGUUGUCUCAGGGGUAUAAAGUGUUCUAAACCCGUGGCAUUUAUAAUCGAAAUAUUUCCUAAUGUAAAUUAUAGUACCUUAUUAAGCAUUUCUAUGUAAUUUAACGUAAACAGCUUUUCACAAUGGAAAGAAAACGUGGUGCUAAUAGUCACUUGUAACUUGUAAGGUAUUUUCUAAGAAGGAUAUUAUAUUCGCGUGGACUUUCAUUUUAGGGCCUAUUUUGAUGGUAGCACUGUCUACGAUCUAGCUAUCUACAGAAACGUAACUUCUCUGUGCAGUUUUAUAAUUUAAAUACUGCAUAUUUGAAAAUUAAACUAUUUUUUUGGAUCUAAGUCGCGUAUAUUUAACAGCCGUGACGGUGGUAAAGGGCCCGAAACAUAGGUUUCUUUAAAAAGCAAACACGUGCAAAUUAAAUCCGAAAAAAAUUGUUUAAUUGUAAUAUGUUCCAGUAGAAAUUAGAAUACUUAUUUUUCCUUCCACAAACCUGGGUGGAGAAGUUGUUUUUUUAGUAUUCAAGAUUUAUUCUACAACGUCAUUCAACAUGUCCAGUAAUGAAUAUCCCCUUUUUAUUCACCGCUUAAAAUAUGGUUCACCUAUAUUUCUUUAAGUUUGUGCUGUAAUUAAAUGAGUGGAAAUUAAAAUGUUAAUUCAACUUAGUCAUUCUAUUGGUUGUAAGUUUUGUGUUACUUAGCUGUAAAAAUCUACAUACAUAUAAUGCCUUUGAAUUUAUAAUGUAAAUUAAGUUA